CUAAUCGCCUCGCCAUGCAUGCAUGAGGCAAUAAAAUCAAAAACCUGUCUGCUAUUAUAAGUUGAGGUUAAGGUUCUUAUUGUUGAUAAGAAUUCAGAUUUAUAUGAAUUUUAUAUUUUGAAAUCGUUGAAAUACAUUAGUUAUGAGACGUUAUUUACUACAUUUGUCCUACUUUGGAACACGAUAUAGAGGAUUUCAAAAGCAAAAUGUGAGUGGAAAGCCAACGUAUGACGACCCCCACACAAUUUGUGGUUUGUUGGAGAUUGCUCUAAAAGGGUGUGAACCACUCAAUCAUCCAACUAUAAUUCCUUCUAGCAGGACAGACAAGGGAGUUCAUGCCCUCUGCAACACAGUCCACGUAGACUUAGACGGAGACCCAAGGAAGAUCUGCUCACGUUCAAUCCAUCUGCAUUUGAACCAAUUCUUUACGUUCAAUGACCACGACAUCAGGAUCCUGAGAGUGCAGCAAGUGCCUGACCAAUUCCACAGCCGCCACCAGGCCUAUGAGAGACAGUACCUGUACCGGCUGGCAGUGCCACGUGCUGGCGCGUUAUGGCGGCAGCGACCACUAGUACCGUCCCCUCUCACUGAGCACAAUCGUUGCUGUUUCCUCCAGGAUUCUACAUUUGACUCGGAAGCGAUAAAGGCAGCUUGUGGCAUAUUUGUUGGUGUGAAGGACUUUGGUGCACUCUGCUCAAAAUCAAGAGAGAAAUUAGGGAGAAACGUUACGACCGUGAGGGAUAUACGCAGCCUAGAGCUGUCCCCUUCCGCUCCAUUCAUCCCCAACCGUCAGCUUACUGAGGACUACACCUUCUGGCAAUUCUCCUGCAUUGGGAAAUCAUUUCUGUACCAUCAGGUGAGACGAAUGGUGUCUGCGCUGGUUACAUAUGGCCAGGGAAGAGUUGAUCUCGCUGAUAUCCAGCGGUUAAUAGACAAACCUGUCCAGGACAGCUGGACUCCUGUUUACCAGACAUUGGGAGCUUGCGGUCUAUACCUGGUGGACGUGUUGUAUCACGCAGAGGACUUGUCGUACAACGAGGAGCUCACCGCUGAGCAGCGCAAGGUCCAAGCCCUAGAAGAGGAGGCAGCACAAAUAAUGAAGCAACUUACCGAGUUUGAUGGUACCGUCAUGGACAAGAUCAACCUAAAAACAAGGCUAAUAAAGAUUAAGAAUUCGCUUGCACGGUUUUCGUGUUGAAUUCCUGAAGUUAUAAAAAAUAAUAGUGUAUUUAAGUGGUCAAACAUUAAGAUGAGUUUUCUCGAAGCGCUUCAGAAAAAGAAGAGUGAUCUCAAGCAGACUGAUACGCUCGUGAAAACUUCAGCCGGUGACGUGUUUUUGGAGA